UUCUGUGUCUCUCAGUUCGAGCUCUGAGACAUCUCUCGGACCUUGUUAAUCCAAUCGGCCAAUAUGAUGGUCUGUAAUUCGGUAAUUGGAUUUUAUGUCUUGAAGUGAGGAGAGAGAGAGAGAGAGCAAUUCAGCUCAUCGAAGGAGAGGGAUAUCCUUUCUCGGUUCAGGUGGACAUGAUUCCUUAUUUCCCCAGAAAGAGACACUGAGAAUUUGUGGCAAACCAGAGAUUAUACGGGAAAAAUUCUUCUCCUUUUAUGUUCUCGUUCCAAGUAGACUGGGGAUGCGAAAGACGCUGGAAGCUAUCGCUCGGUGCUACACAAGAGAAAAAUAAGGAAAGAAUAAUUUCUGCCCGGGUCUACCUGUCAUUCGGAAGCAAAGAAUCGUCUGAAGGUUAAAGGAAGGAGGGGUGACGGAAAAUGAAUAGUGUUGCUGACUGCUGCAGCCUGUGCGCAUUGAUUUAGAGAGACAGAGACAGCGAAGAAGAGAGUGAGGGAGAAAAGGAAGAGAAAAAAAUUAACGGAGAAAGAAAAGGCAAGGGGGUGGAGGGGAGAGAAUGGGCACAGAGGAAGGAGCUCGCAGCUGAGAAAUGCCCGCACUGCCGUGUGACUGGAAAUCUUAAUAACUAGACAAAGAAGAGAUUAUUUCAUUAACAAAAGGCCGAGAGAGCAAGCCACGUUGAAUAGGGUUCCACUGCAGGUUCUGAAUCGGCAGGGGAGGGGGGAGAGGGACACCAGAGAGAGGAAAGAGAGGCGGGCAAGAGACUCGGUUAAAGCCACCGAAGGAGCGGGAAAAUGCUGCAGUUGUUCACACAAGUGUCAAAAUCAGAGUGUAACUGAUGCCAUUUCUACCUCAAACAGGAACGAAAGAUGGGAGAUGGACCAUCUCGAUCUGGGAAUAUCGAGGCCUAAUUGAAUGAUUUUCUUUCGCGACUCUUGUGAUUAUUUCUCAAUUUUUAUUUAAUUUGGUGGGAGGGGAGAAGGCUGGUGGAAGGGGGAGAGCAGGGAGGCACUUGGUGAAGGAAAUGCUUGGGAAUCCCAGUGAGUUUCGGCGACUGUACCUCUGUGCCACCUACUCUGGGACUGAGCGGAGAAGGAAGGGGAUAUUGUUGUGGUGAGGAGAUGGAAGGAGGCGGAAUACAUAAGAAGCUCUUCAUGAGAGACCAGCAGCAGCUCGGAGCGGAGUCCGUGCCUGCCAGGCUUCAGAACAUGAGGCCUUGCUGCCUCCACGCACUGGCCUCUGUCCAGGACUCGCCUCCAGGACUUGCUCCCCCCCCAGUCAGAUCGUGCUCGUGGGAUGCUGUUCAGAGGCCCACAGAGAAAUCUGGAUGGUUUGGUCAAGAAUCGUUCAUAAAUUAUGAAUGGGAGCGAUGAUGAUGAUGAUGAUGAAGGCACAUCACACGCAGAGGAUGAGAUUCAACUUGGGCAGGACUGUUUGCCAUCUCGCGUUUUUGACCUUUUGGACUUUGUCACUGCUGACUGGACUGGUCCAGUCUCACAUCUGCCCCAAGGGCUGCUCCUGCAGCAACCAGUUCAGCAAGGUGAUCUGCACAAGGUUUGAGCUGCGAGAAGUUCCCGACAGCAUCUCCACCAACACCCGCUACCUUAACCUGCAGGAGAACAUCAUCCAGGUCAUCAAGGCGGAUACCUUCAAGCAACUGCGGCACCUGGAGAUUCUGCAGCUCAGCAAAAAUCUGAUCCGUCAGGUGGAAGUGGGAGCCUUCAAUGGCCUCACCAACCUCAACACGCUGGAGCUCUUCGACAAUCGGCUCACUACGGUGCCCAGUGCGGCUUUUGAGUAUCUGUCAAAACUCCGGGAACUGUGGCUGAGGAACAAUCCCAUCGAGAGCAUCCCUUCCUACGCCUUCAACCGUGUGCCCUCGCUGCGGCGCCUGGACCUGGGCGAGCUGAAGAAGCUGGAGUACAUUUCAGACGCGGCUUUUGAGGGCCUGAUCAACCUGAGGUACCUCAACCUGGGCAUGUGCAACCUGGCGGAGAUCCCGAACCUCACGCCCCUCAUUAAGCUGGAGGAGCUGGAAUUGUCUGGCAACAGGCUGGAGGUCAUCCAGCCCGGCUCCUUCCAGGGCCUCACCAACCUGCGCAAAUUGUGGCUGAUGCACGCCCAGAUCCAACUGAUCGAGCGCAAUGCCUUUGAUGACCUGCAGUCAUUGGAGGAGCUCAAUCUGUCUCAUAACAACCUGACAUCACUGCCGCAUGACCUCUUCACACCUUUGCACCGGCUGGAGAGAGUGCACCUCAACCACAACCCUUGGCACUGCAACUGCGAUGUCUUGUGGCUCAGCUGGUGGCUGAAGGAAACGGUGCCCAGCAACACAACCUGCUGCGCACGCUGCCACUCGCCGCCCAACCUGAAGGCCCGCUACAUCGGUGAGCUAGAUCAGAGUCAUUUUACGUGCUAUGCACCGGUCAUUGUGGAACCACCUACCGACCUCAACGUGACUGAGGGAAUGGCUGCCGAGCUCAAGUGCCGUGCGGCUACUUCCAUGACGUCCGUCAAUUGGAUGACCCCCAACGGCACUCUGAUGACCCAUGGCUCAUACCGGGUACGCAUCUCAGUGCUGCAUGAUGGCACGCUCAAUUUCACCAAUGUGACGGUGCAGGACACAGGCCUGUACACCUGCUUAGUCAGCAAUUCAGCUGGCAAUGCCACAGCCUCAGCCACACUCAAUGUCUCGGCUGUUGACAGCAGCAAUAGUUACAGCUAUUUCACUACCGUGACGGUGGAGACAGUGGAGGUGGUGGAUGAGCCCCGGUCGACUGAACGCGAGCCUGGGCCCACCCCCUCAGGCCACUGGGAGACACCCUACUCCACCACCUCCCUCACCCCCCGUAGCACCAAGUCCACCGAGAAGGCCUUUACUGUGCCCAUCACCACCGAGGUGACAGACAACAUCAUGGCAGGUCUGGACGACGUGAUGAAGACGACCAAAAUCAUUAUUGGCUGUUUUGUUGCCAUCACCUUCAUGGCUGCUGUCAUGCUCAUCAUCUUCUAUAAGCUGCGCAAACAGCACCAGCUCCACAAACACCACGGGCAGACCCGCACCAUCGAGAUCAUCAACGUGGAGGACGACAUGGCAGAGGCCACACCCGGUGACAGCUGCCUGACUCUCCCGGCUGUUGACCAUGAGCACCUCAACCAUUACACAGCUUACAAGGCCCACUACAAUAACAACACCACAACCACUGGCAGUGGAGGCGGAGGCGCCCUGAACUGCACCAAAAACCCGCUUCACAACUCUGUGCACGAACCGCUACUCUUUAAAUCCAGCUCCAAAGAGAACGUGCAAGAGACGCAGAUUUAAUAACAUGCCCGCCACUGGUCCGUCAACUCGAUGCUUAAAUGCAAAACUGCAAACAGGAAAAAAAAAUGGGGAGUGAAUAACUGGCUGCAGAACUGAAGCUUUGUUGCACCUCCAAACCCUUAACCCUCCACACAGCCCCUCCGCGCCCCUAACCCCCUGGCCCCACCAACCUUUCCCUUCCCCACCCAUUACUCCAAUGACAGUCGAAGACUGUUUUGGCAGAUUAAGGUGUGUAGCGGUCCAGUGUAACACUGUAUUGUAGCUGUCAAUCAGUCCAGUUUAUUGACUUGUACAGAUGGACGUUAUAGGGCUGCAAUCAUUGGCAAUGUCUCUUUUCUCUCUUGUUCGAUGUCUCAUUGUAAACCCCUUUCUUGGUUCUGUAGUCCUGUCUGGGCUAUCAUUUUUAGUGUUUCCAUUAACCCCAUUUUCUAAGCUUUGUACUAAGCCAUUUGCUGGGACUAAACCAUCAGUUCCUUUUCCUAACUGUACCGGACAGGCAGCCAUUUGCAGUGUCCCAUCAGUCCCACAUUCCUGACUCUACCAUCCUGACUAGCAGCCAUCUGCAGUGUCCCAUUAAUCUCACUUUCUUGACUUUACCCUCCAAACCAGCAGUCAUUUAUGUAUCCCAUCAGUCCAAGCCAGCAAUGUCCCCUUUUGUCCCACUCUAAUAAUAACUUUCAUGACUCUUCACUCUGGACUGACAGCCAUUUGCAAUCACCAGCGAAUAACCUGGUUGACCUUUUAAAUGACCCCAAAGUUCAAAACAUCAACACACUUCUGAUCAAGAUUAGUGACAUUGUCAUCACAAGGAGCUUGAAGCCCCAUAGCAUCUUAACCUGGCCAGAUGCAAUAUUUUCCAUCUGUGGAAUGCAGAUGAGUCAGAAUUUGAAAGGGCCCUAUUUCAUCCUCUGGUGGUAAUUUUGAGGAUGCUUCAGGGGGAAAUAUGACAUUGGAUGUACUCAAAACCCAUACUGCAGGUGAGGAACCAAUAUCAGAAUUUCUGCAAAUGUGAAGCUACAACUGAACAGUGUCACUAGGUUGAAUUAAUCUCAAAGACUUCUUGGGAGAUUAUUACAAGCAAGGCUUCAAGGCAGCUGUGGAAUGAGGCAAUGGAAACUCAGGGGGCAGGGGAGCGACAAUGGAAUUCUUUCAGGAAACACCCAACAACGGACCUCUCAUUGACAUUUUGUGGGCCUUCCUAUCUUUUUCCUUCCAAGAUGUUUAGCCAAACAGUCUGCAGGGUUCUGGGAUCUGACGAAGAUUCUAACCAAUUAAUCUAACUCCCAUUUUUACAGAUAAACUGUAAGGUCUCAACUUUGACCCUUGCGACUGAGCCAUCCCCUCCCUCCUAGCUGGGUGACAUUUACAAAUGCUUUCUGUGGAUGCAAGAGGACAUAUUGAAACACCAGCUCUGGAAAUCUGUUUGUGAAAAAUACAUGUUCCUCUCAAAAGAAAGGUGGGGGUGGGGGGAGAAGCACGUUUUAAACUCCAUUAUGACAAAAGGAGGUUACGUCUGACGCAGUUUAUUUUUUAAUUGUCUAGUGUAAUGGGCACUCUCCUGUUCUUCUGUCAACAGCCCCACUCUGUAGGUCAAAACUGAGAAAAGGGAGCAGGGAUCGCCAUUGCAUGCUCCAAUGUCUAUUCUGUUAUAAGCUCAAUUCUUUCCUAUCCUUUGGUGCAUUAUGGAUGCACCAAAUGUGCUGAAAUCCAAUUUCCUAGCCCCAGAUCUAUCAGCCAUUUCUGCAGCACAUUCCCCGCUCUCUGACUUCUUGCACUUGUCACCUGACCAAGCAAGAGUGGAUAGGGAGUAGGGGCUCAGUGAGGAGAAGCACGCCAGCGCUUCUCUCUGCCCAAUCCAUUUCCAUGAUUAUCGCUCUCUGUUUCUGAACCCUUCCUCCUCUUUCUCGAUGAGGCAAGAAGAUUAAGCAUUGAGUGUUGAGCCCAAAGGAUUCACAGCAAAUCAUUACGUUUUAGUUUCUUUAACAGAAUUAUUUACAAAAGGGUGAGGUUAGAUGAAGGAAUUAUUAGCAACAUCAAAGGUACUGAGUUGCUUCUUUUGUGAUUCUUCAGUAUUUCUAAAGCUUGUUGUGUGGUUCAUAUAAAAAAGGAAAUGCAAUUACUUUAUCUCUUCUGGUAUUAUAUUUUACUGUGAGAUGUAAGGGGUCACAAAAACCAAUUCUAAUAAGAGAAAGCCCAGUCAAGACUGGCCUGUCCACCCUUGUCAAAGGUCACUGGAUGUCCACUUCCUUUUGAGUUCUGGAAUUCCAAAACCUUUGUCUCUCGGACAUAGAUUCAAGCUCACUAACUCACUCCAAGGGAUGAAGGGCCCUCAGAAGAGCAUGAAGAAGCCUCAACUGAGAUGGUCCUCAGACGUAAAAAAAGACUCCCUGGUCUACACUGUGGGUCUGCUGGGGGGCAACAACUGUCGUGAGACCCAAGGUCUCACACCAGCCAGAAGCCUGAUACAUGGGAGACACUGGGGGGUGGGUUGGGGUGGAAAAACCAAGUCCCAGUUAGAAACAAGAAAAAAAAUAAUAUCGAGAAGAGUCUAAAUAGCACAGAAGCUGGGAAGAAAAGGAAAUAUUAAUUUGUACAACAGGAUGUUACAUUUUAGCAAUAAUCCCAUCCCAUAGUGCUGGAGAUAGAUUUUUUUUGAUGCAGUCUGAUUCUGGUUUAAAUGUGAACGUGCAUUAUCUUUAGGAUAGGUAAGCAGCUGAUACAAGAUGUGAAGACCCUGGUGUGCUACUAGGUAUUUUUCUAAAGGGACUACAGGGACUGAAGGCCUGCUGUUGGCCUUGUCAGAUGCUCUCCCUUAAAGGCUGUAUGGAGAAAGAAUCUGUGCUGCAGACUGCUGAAAGAGAAGCUCUUGUCACUGCUCUGCAUCAAAGCUUAACUAAGUUACCCUGCCAACAUGUGACUUUCCAAUUAGUUGGUCUCUUCCUUAAUUCUCUACCCUUUCCCCAACCUCUAUCCCCUCCCUCCCAGUCCCAUACCUCACCCCAUCAAAACAGGCAGGAGUUCCCGAAGGAGGGAGUAACACGUUGAGUGUUUCAUGUCCUUUGCACCUUCUAACAACACACGUUUUCUCUACAUUUCUACUGAAUGUCAUACAUGAUGUUAAACUUGAGAAAUUUGUACAGAACCAUACAACUGUAUUCUCUGAAUUAAGUAAAAAAAUGAAAAAAUGUUUGUCAGUGGAGACAUACUGCUGUUAUCAACCAGCUGUUACUUUUACAAGUGUUAUGUUAUAGAUUGAAAGGGUUUUUGAUUAAAUUUAAUACCCAAAUCUCGUUUGUGAUUUUCCAAGAUGGACUCCGUCUCCCAGAAUGCAUUGCCAGCUUAUAAGGCAGCAAUAAAUUCAUGCCCAAACAAAGUCUAAAUAAGAUACCCAAAAGGCCUAAUUUAUUUUGAAAAAUACAAUAAGCAAGGCUUACUGUAAUUUAUAAUGAUGUAAAGCAAUCACUACUGUCAUAAUGGGCAAUAAAAUUUAUAAAGUAGUUAGUUAUUAGUGACUUUCCACAAUGGGCUCCUUUGCUUCCACCAAACAUAAUAAAACACAAUUCACAAUAUCCAGUUUAAUAAUCAGUAAUCCAAUGCAGCCAAUUUAAUUUUGCGGGUAUUAUAUAAAUUGGCCUUCAAAGUACAGGUUGAGGAUAAAUUACCAUCUA